AUUAGCUUGCUAGGCAUUAUAGUAACGCAAAAGAUGAUGCCGUCGAAGUUGUUUACAAGUUUACUAUUAUUGGAGGUUACCAUCUUUACCGGUCAAUCAAUAAACACAGAACGAGACAUUGAACCUCCAGCAGAUCGUAUUCACCGGGUUAAGGAUGAUAUCCAGCCUUGGCCAGAGGAUACGAACUCAUAUCAUCAUGACAACUUUGGACUUCCUGGAGGUCCAGCAUGUAUGGAUCUUGCCCUGGUGUUAGACAUAUCAUGCCUGGAUAGUGAAAAGAUGUACAUUGCCAAACAGACGACAAAGAACAUUGUGCGCAGGUUGAUGACAAUCAAUGGAGCGGAUCUUCGCAUUUCACUGGUCAUUCUCAGCAAGAAGGGGCACACGAUACAACAUUUUAAUGAAACAGAUUUAGAUGAUAUCUCUAAAAGAAUAGAUCAGAUAACACGCGACGAGUGUUACGGGAGUAUUGUUCAACUAACCAUCGACAUUCUGAAGAACACGACAUCAGUCUUUGCAAGGGCCAAUUACCCAAAUGUUGUUCUCUACUUCACAAGUCUUUUUGAAAACGUAGAAGAAACAGCUGAAAACAUGCUAGCCCUUGAAGUGGCUGGAAUUGAAUUGAACAUCGUAUAUUUUCAAGAUCAAAGUUCGGUAAAUUUCACCGGUCGAACCAGUGGUUUGGGAGUAAAGGGGCGUAACCCAGGCAAAGUGCACAUAUACGAUGGUUUGUCAGAGGAGGAUGGGGAAAAGUUAUUCCAAUCGCUGACCUCGAGAUUCUCGUGUGGAGGAGCGGCAGAUCAAAGGGUUUGUGCAGAUCUAGUGUUUGCAAUUGACGUGUCAUGUUCGAUUCCACAAAGAAAUAUAACAAGGGCCGUCGCUAUAUCGAUGGCAGUUGCAAGAAAUCUACCUUUGAACAAAAUAACUGGAUCUCAGAUCGGAGGAUUAACCUACGAUGGCAACAUAGUCGAUUUAUUUCCAUAUAUGGUCGGACUAGAAAAUGGCGACCCCAUGCCUGUUCUAAUGGCCUUGUACAAUUUACGUGUAAAGCAUAAAAAAUGCAGAACGAGAACGAACUUAGCGCUAGAUUUUGUGAGACAAAAAUAUUUUACAGACAUCAAAGAUAGACACGAUGCGUCGGUUAAGGACGUGGUCGUAAUUUUUAGUGAUGGUAUGACGUCACCAAAAAACUCUAGAUGGAAAACAAUCGCAGCUGCAAGUAACAUAAUACAAAAUGGCGGGAGUGUCAUAUGGGUAACAUUAGAUAAUAAAAAACACAGAACUAACGUCGCAUCUGAAAAUGAAAUUAAAAAGUCUGUUUCGAGAGAUAAUAUUUCUGGAGAACUAUUGAUAUUCGAUCAUGCUGAUUUGUACGCACCUCAAAAAAUACUCGCGUUCCUUAAUCAGAACUUUCCUUGUCCACUGGAAUAAAUCAAACGCUGACAGGUUUAAUUACUUUUUAUAUUAAUCACCUCAUUACU